CUCCACUCCUUCAAUCCCUUAUACCGACACACUUAUGAUAGGGAAAGAAUGGAGAGAGAUUAUGAAUACUCCAGAUAUGAGGACGACCCUAGAGACAGAGAUGACAGAAGGUAUAGAGAUUACAGAGAAAGGCCAAUGGAACGAUCACGGCGCAAUCGACGAAGACGACCUCGACCUCGACCUCAAUCCUGGUCUCAAUCUCGCUCACGAUCUCCGUCAUUCACACAUCGAAGGAAAGAAAACCCUAAGCAUUGGUCACGUAACCAACUAUGGGCAUACCUUCGUAGCAAAGGAGAAAACAUGAAGAAGUGGGAUGGUCAACCCACUUCCAAGCUUGAAGCUAGAGUGAGGGAGCUGAAGCAAAAGGACACUGACAAGACAGUUGUUUAUGUAGUAGAUGCAGACUUCUUAGAAAAGAAACUGCGAUCGUCAAAACACAAGAAGAUGGAGGUCCACUUUGACGAUGGCAAAAAGGCCUCUAAGAAGUCAAAGUCAAAGUCCAACAACGAAUGCUCUGAUCAAGACCAGUAGAGGGGCCCUGCCUUCUGCCAGGAGAAGGAAAGGGACCAAGAAGAUAACCGGGUUUACCGGGCUGUGUGGGUUCGAUGGCCUGGCACAUCGGAUCU